GCGAUGGCGGAGCUGCGAGCGGCGGCGGCCGCGGGGCCCGGCCCGGCCGCUCCUCCGGGGCCUAUGGCACUGCCCUCCCCGGCCCCGGCGCUGCCCUCCCCGGCAGCGAGCGGCGGAGCGGGGCCUGCACCGGCGGCGGCUCCGGGGGGAGGCUCCGGUUCCGGCUCCGGUGGUGCCUCCGGUUCCGGUGGUGGCUCCGGUUCCGGCUCCGGUUCGGCCCGUGAGGGUUGGCUCUUCAAGUGGACCAACUACAUCAAGGGCUACCAGCGGCGAUGGUUCGUGCUCAGCAACGGGCUCCUCAGCUACUACCGCUCCAAGGCAGAGAUGCGGCACACGUGCCGUGGCACCAUCAACCUGGCAACGGCCAACAUCACCGUGGAGGACUCGUGUAACUUCAUCAUCUCCAACGGCGGCGCCCAGACCUAUCACCUCAAAGCCAGCUCCGAGGUGGAGCGGCAGCGCUGGGUCACUGCCCUCGAGCUGGCCAAGGCCAAGGCUGUCAAGAUGCUGGAGGAGUCAGAUGACUCCGGGGACGAGGCAGUGCCGCAGACAGACAAGACAGAGCUGCAGAGCACACUGCGCACACUGGCCAGCAAGGUGGAGGACCUGAGCACCUGCAACGACCUCAUUGCCAAGCAUGGCACAGCCCUGCAGCGCUCGCUCAGUGAGCUCGAGAGCCUGCGUCUGCCUGCGGACAGCACCGACAAGAUCAAGCAAGUGAAUGAGAGAGCCACACUCUUCCGCAUCACCUCCAAUGCCAUGAUCAAUGCCUGCCGGGAUUUCCUGCUGCUGGCCCAGACCCACAGCAAGAAGUGGCAGAAAUCCCUGCAGCAUGAACGGGAUCAGCGGAUCCGGCUGGAGGAGACCCUGGAGCAGUUGGCCAAGCAGCACAACCACCUGGAGAGGGCUUUCCGAGGGGCCACCGUGCUCCCGGCUGGUGCAUCCGGCACCAGCGGCUCUGCCAAAGACCCCUGCUGCCCUGCCAAAGGAGACCUGAGUGAUGAAGAUGAUGACAACGAGUUCUUUGAUGCCCCCGAGAUCAUCCCCAUGCCAGAGAGCCUGGGUCACAAGAGGACCGGCAGCAACAUCAGCGGCACCAGCAGCGACAUCAGCCUGGAUGAGCAGUACAAACCCCAAGUGGAAGACACCAAGAAGGAGAAGAGAACGCGCAUCCCCUACAAACCCAACUACAGCCUCAACCUCUGGAGCAUCAUGAAGAACUGCAUCGGGAAGGAGUUAUCCAAGAUCCCCAUGCCCGUGAACUUCAACGAGCCCCUGUCCAUGCUGCAGCGCCUGACGGAGGACCUGGAGUACCACGAGCUGCUGGACCGGGCGGCACGGUGUGAGAGCUCCCUGGAGCAGCUCUGCCUCGUGGCUGCCUUCACCGUCUCCUCCUAUUCCACCACCGUUUUCCGCACCAGCAAACCCUUCAACCCGCUCCUGGGGGAGACCUUCGAGCUGGAUCGCCUGGAGGAGAGCGGGUACCGCUCCCUCUGCGAGCAGGUGAGCCAUCACCCCCCCGCUGCUGCCCAUCACGCUGACUCCAAGCACGGCUGGACACUGCGCCAGGAGAUCAAGAUCACCAGCAAGUUCAGAGGGAAAUACCUCUCGGUGAUGCCUCUGGGUACCAUCCAUUGCGUCUUCCACUCCACUGGCAACCACUACACGUGGAAGAAGGUCACCACCACCGUGCACAACAUCAUCGUGGGCAAGCUCUGGAUAGACCAGUCAGGUGAAAUCGAGAUUGUCAACCACAAGACGGGUGACAAAUGCAACCUCAAGUUCGUUCCCUACAGCUACUUCUCCCGGGACGUGGCGAGGAAGGUCACUGGUGAGGUGACAGAUCCCAGUGGGAAGGUGCACUUUGUCCUGCUGGGCACCUGGGAUGAGAAGAUGGAUUGUUACCGGGUGACGCCAGGUGCUGGUGACAACGGCACGGACGGGAGGCAGAGAGGCCACGAGGCCGAGGACAGCCGGGUGCUGCUGUGGAAGAGGAACCCGCUGCCGAAGUAUGCUGAGAACAUGUACUACUUCUCGGAGCUGGCGCUGACCCUGAACGCACCGGAGAGUGGGACGGCCCCGACCGACAGCCGCCGGCGCCCGGACCAGCGCCUCAUGGAGAACGGGCGCUGGGAUGAGGCCAAUGCUGAGAAACAGAGGCUGGAGGAGAAGCAGCGACUGAGCCGCAAGAGGCGCGAGGCUGAAGCUGCCAGAGCCACUGAGGAUGGCACCCCCUACGACCCCUACAAGCCGCUGUGGUUCGAGCGCAGGAAGGACCCAGUUACACAGGAGCUGGCACACGUCUACAAGGGGGGUUACUGGGAGAGCAAAGAGAAGCAGGACUGGAGCCUCUGCCCGGACAUUUUCUAAGGCAGGAGGAGGAGGAAGAGGAGGAGCAGAGGGGGUGAAGCUCGGCCGGGAGCCCUGGCUCCAUCCCAUCCAUCCAUCCCGCCCCCCGUCCUCCCCGCGCCUCGCCGGGGGUGCCUUAGCCCCAGCCAUCCGAUGCUAUGGGGCGAGCGGGAGCCGGCAGGACCCCCCCCCCCCCAAACCCGCUUAGCAAUGGGGGUCCCCUUCCUCCCAUAGCGCUAUGGGGCUGGGGACGUGGGUCCUAUGGGGGGCGCAGCGGGGCGAGCCCGAGGCUGGCCUUGGUCUCUUUGCCCCCUCCUUUGUCGUUUGGUUCCCAUUCAGCCCCACACAUUUGGGGUGCUGGGGGGGGCAGACCCUGCCCCACAGCCUGUUCUAUAGGUGUAUAUUAUAUAUAUGUAGAGCGCAACCGGGGUCCCCUUCUCCCCCUGCCCACAGCACCCCUGGGUUUGGGGUGUCCCCCCCCCCAAAACACGGGGCUCCCCCUCCAGGUGCCUUCCCUAUAGGUUUAGGGCAGGGGGGGUGUGGGGGGGAGGUCCCAGGUUCUCUCCAGGGCGCAGCAGGACCCUGCACCCCCAAACACUACAGGGGCUGUGGGGGGGGGGGGGGUCCCUGCACCCCAAACCUGACCCCGUGGGGGGGGUGGUUCCCUGCACCCCAAACCUUCAAUGGGGGUGAAUGAUGCCUUUUUUUGGGUUUUUUUGUUCCUUUUUUCCCCUUUUUUUCCAGGAAAAACUAAAUUAAAACCUGUGACUGCCCCA